AUGUCCGCCCCAGGGGAAGUGGCGAUGGGCAUCGACCUGGGCACCACGUACUCGUGCGUGGGCGUGUUCCAGCAGGGUCGGGUGGAGAUCUUCGCCAACGACCAGGGUAACCGCACCACGCCCAGCUACGUGGCCUUCCCAGACACAGAGCGGCUGCUUGGCGAGGCCACCAAGAGCCAGGCUGCCCUGAACCCACACAACACGGUGUUCGACGCCAAGAGGCUGAUCGGGCACAAGUUCGCGGACGCGACUGGGCAGUCGGACAUGAAGCAUUGGCCCUUCCAGGUGGUGAGCGAGGGUGGCAAGCCCAAGGUGCGCGUGUCCUACCGGGGGGGGGACAAAGCGUUCUACCCCGAGGAGAUCUCCUCUGUGGCGCUGAGCAAGAUGAAGGAAACGGCUGAGGCAUACCUGGGCCAGCUGGUGAGGCGCUCUGUGAGCACGGUGCCCACCUUCUCCAACGACUCGCAGCGCCAGGCCACCAAGGACGCGGGUGCCACCGCGGGGCUCAACGUGCUGAGGAUUAUCAAUGAGCCCACUGCGGCCGCUACCGCCUAUGGGCUGGACCCGCAGGGCGCCGGGGCGUGCAACGUGCUCAUUUUUGACCUGGGCGGGGGCACCUUCGAUGUGUCAGUCCUCAAUAUCGAUGCCGGUGUCUUUGAGGUGAAGGCCACCGCUGGAGACACCCACCUAGGUGGGGAGGACCUCGACAAGCGGCUGGUGAACCACUUCGUGGAGGAGUUCCGGUGGGAGCACAGCAGGGAUGUGAACGGGACUAAGCGGGCCCUGCGAAGGCUGCGCACGGCCUGUGAGCGCGCCAAGUGCACCCUGUCCUCCAGCACCCAGGCCACCCUGGAGAUAGACUCCCUGUUCGAAGGCGUAGACUUCUACACGUCCAUCACUCGUGCCCGCUUUGAGGAGCUAUUAGACCUCUUCCGCAGCACGCUGGAGCCUGUGGAGAAGGCCCUGCGGGAUGUCAAGCUGGACAAGGCACAGAUCCACGACGUCGUCCUGGUGGGCGACUCCACCCGCAUCCCAAAGGCAAAGCUGCUGCAGAACUUCUUCAACGGCAGGGAGCUAAACAAGAGCAUCAACCCUGACGAGGCCGUGGCCUAUGGGGCUGCUGUACAGGCGGCAGUAUUGAUGGGGGACAAGGGUGAGAAAGUGCAGGAUCUCCUGCUGCUGGAUGUGGCUCCCCUGUCCGUGGGGCUGGAGACAGCAGGUGGAGUGAUGACCACGCUGAUCCAGAGAAACGCCACCAUUCCCACAAGGCAGACCCAGACCUUCACCACCUCCUCCGGCAGCCAGCCUGGGGCCCUGAUCCAGGUGUAUGAGGGUGAGAGGGCCAUGACCAGGGACAACAACCUGCUGGGGUGCAUUACCCUGGCCUCACGUGGAGUCCCCCAGAUCGAGGUGACCUUUGACAUUGAUGUCAAUGGCAUCCUGAAUGUGACAGCCACUGACAGGAGCACAGGCAAAGCUAACAAGAUCACCAUCACCAAUGACAAGGGCCGGUUGAGCAAGGAAGAGGUGGAGAGGAUGGUUCGUGAGGCUGAGCAGUACAAGGCUGAGGACGAGGCCCAGAGGGACAGGGUAGCUGCCAAAAACUCCCUGGACAAGAUUCCUGAAGAGGACAGGCAAAAAGUGCAAGACGAAUGUCAGGCUGUCCUCACCUGGCUGGAGCACAACCACUUGGCAGAGAAGGAGGAGUAUGAGCAUCAGAAGAGGGAGCUGGAGCAGAUCUGUCGCCCCAUAUUCUCAAGGCUCUGUGGGGGGGGGCGUGGUGUCCCUGUGGACAGCAGUUGUGGGGCUCCAGCCCACCAGGGGAACCCCAGUACUGGUCCCAUCAUUGAGGAGGUCGAUAAGUCAGCUGUGACUGAGUGGGAUUCGAACCCACGCCUCCAGGGGAGACUGCGACCUGAACGCAGCGCCUUAGACCGCUCGGCCAUCCUGACACAGGAGCCCGCGUGCUCUUAUUUCACCUUAAGUUGA